UGAAUUAGCGGUAUCUCUGAAAUGGCGGGAAUUUUGCGAAGCGUCGGCAACGCCGCCUCCAAACGAAGCGCCCCCGCGAAUCCCCGCCGAAAACGUGUGAAUGCGACGCCCGAAGGCGAUGCAUUUCGUCUCGACGUGUGUGCACCGUUCUCUUCCUCUUCUUGUCGCGCUCGCACCGAGCGCGCCCGAAAUUCGUGCAGCAGGAGCGUCGAUGACGGCGCGGCGACGACGUCGUCGUCCGACGCAGCCGGCGCUGGGUUAUCGCCGAUAGCGGACGGCACGAGAGACGGCGUCGUUUCUUCUCCUUGCGCCCUUGCAAUCGCCGUUUACUUCCUUCUUCCGCCGGUUCGCUCGGCUCGCUCGGCGAACGGCCGUUCGGGGGGAUUUCGACGGGGUGUUACUUACCUAUCUUAAUUGGAAUUUUUUUUUGUAUGAAAAAUUUACUUGCUAUCGAUAACUGUAUAUUAUUUAUUCAAAUUUAUUAAAAGUGC